AUGAUGGAUCUAUUCCGCAGAGGAGAGCUGGGGCUGCUGGGAGGAGGAGAUGGGCUGAGGGACGACGUGGGCAUUCCUGGGAUCAGCUGGCCAGCCAAUCGGCUGCCAGAGGACAUGUACCCGGCCUCAGGGUUGGCCCUGGCCGCCGCCUACCAUGACAUCAAGACCCGGCUGGCGAGUUUGGAGAGGGAGAACAGCAGCAUCAAGAGGAAGCUCAAACACUACGAGGUCAAGUUUCCCAUGGUCAGUGAAUUUGGAGAGGAGAGGAUCCUGUGCUGUUCCUGUGAGCCCAUCAUUAAGGACACCAGUGUAAUCCAAUCAGAGACCACCAAUCUGCAACAGAGGAUCAACUCUCUCACUCAGGAGCUCCAGAAGAGUAAGGAGAGAGAGGAGAGGUUGGAGGAAGUCAUUCAGGCCUAUGAGAAGAUUCACUCGGAGAAAAGCAAUGUCCAGAGAGACCUGGAUAAGAUGACGACUCUAGCGGAGCAGCACGUGCAGCAGAUCUGCAGUCUGGAGUCGGCCCUCCGGCAGAGAGAAGCCUCAGUCCAGAAGCUCAGCGCUCAACUCCGCAAAGACACACUUCAGUCUCAGCUGCACGCCAGCCUGGACGUACCCAGAGAGGGCCGCGGGCCGACCCUGCAGAGCUCCCGCAGUCUGGAUGCCCUGUCCGACCUGAAGCUGCAGCGGCUGGAGGACGAGCUGGAGGGGGCCCGGCGCCAGGCCGAGGCGGCCUGUCAGAGGGAGACGGAGCUGAGGGCCCAGUUCCAAAGGCUGCAGCAGGAAGUGGCCCAGAUACAGAGAAAGCCACAGGACUCGUCCCAACACUGUGAGCACUGCGACGUAGAGUGGAUAAAGAAAGCCGGGGAUGAGCAGGUGAACCUAGCGUUAGCCUACACCGAGCUAACGGAGGAGCUGAGCCGCCUUCGAAACCUGGCGGUGAAACAGAGUGACCUUCUGCGACCUGUCUCACAGGAGCCCGUUUCCCGUCCAGCCCCUGCUCCUCAGCGUCUUUCCCCCACCUCCACCCAGCGCCCUUCCCUCGACAGGCUCCUCCCCACCCACUCGCCUCCACUCUCCCCGAGCGGCGGCCCCGCCUCCUACUCCCAUCAACCAACCUGCAGCCGCCUACGAGCAAAGUUCCAGGGACGCCGUAGUUACUCUGAGGUGUCCGACCCUUCCAGCAUCCACAGGCCCCCAGCGUGGCUGAUGAGGGAUCCAGUGUCCACACUCCCAAAGCCCAGGUCCCUCCUGGGGGAGAAGCAGGGUUACGGCCAGAACAAAGCUCAGCUCCGCACCUCCUUGGUGGGCCUGGUCAGACCGGCCUCGGCUCACGGGGCCGGAGGGGACAGAGGAGGAGGAGGAGGUGGGGGAGGAGAGAGUAUUGGGGGUAGCAGUCUGAGCAGCAGUCCACAUCACUGCGCUCCGGACCUGGGCUUCCCUCGGGCUUCUGAGGGACAUCACUUCCGUCGCCUUGAGAACCAACCUGAGCCCACCCCACUGGUGACACCGCCGCAGUCCUCCGAUGACGAAGAGGACGUAUGUACGUAUUUAUCGCCGGUUGCCAGCCCACUUCGGGCGUCGUUGCCUAGGGAACCACCCCUGCACCACUCAUUCCCAUCUCCUAGGAAACAGCCCCACCAUCCCUCCUUCUCGUCCCCCGAGGGCCCGGCCACCCUCUCCUGCCAUCUGCCUCCCUACAUGACCACCGAGCACGCUCAGUCGUGGCCUUCCAUCAACUUAUGGAUGGAGUCAGAAGAGAGUGCUGCCCGGAGCUGUCCUCUGUGUCAGCUGACCUUCCCGACCGGUUACCCUGACGACGCCCUCAUUAAACACAUCGACUCCCAUUUGGAGAACAGCAAGAUCUGA